AAAGUUUUUAAUUUUCACAAGUUGACAAAUAGUUUUGCUUUUUAGUCCUUCCUUCAAUCUAAGGGUUUCUCAUCUUUCUCUAGUUCAAUUCCAUUUCUUUUCACCGUCUCUCUCUCUUUCUCAUUUAGUCUCUACGCGUUUCAGCGUUAAAGUCUUUUUCUAGAUCUCCUCUACCUUCACGCCGAUAUAACAAAACUCUCUGAUCAGUCAAUAGAAACCCACCAAUAGAGAGAGAGAACACAAAAAAAAAAAAAUGGCGCAGCAACAACAAUCGCUGAUCUACAGUUUCGUGGCUCGAGGGACGGUGAUCCUCGUCGAGUUCACCGAUUUCAAAGGCAAUUUCACAUCCAUCGCUGCACAGUGCCUCCAGAAGCUUCCUUCCUCCAACAACAAGUUCACCUACAACUGCGAUGGUCACACCUUCAAUUACUUGGUUGAAAAUGGAUUCACUUAUUGUGUUGUUGCAGUUGAUUCAGCUGGGAGGCAGAUUCCUAUGGCCUUCUUGGAGCGAGUUAAGGAUGAUUUCAACAAGAGAUACGGUGGUGGGAAGGCAGCAACUGCUCAAGCGAACAGCUUGAAUAAGGAGUUUGGGUCGAAACUGAAAGAGCACAUGCAGUAUUGUAUGGAUCAUCCUGAUGAGAUUAGCAAGCUUGCUAAGGUGAAAGCUCAAGUUUCUGAAGUUAAAGGUGUCAUGAUGGAAAACAUUGAGAAGGUUCUUGACCGUGGUGAGAAAAUUGAACUUUUGGUGGACAAAACCGAAAACCUUCGCUCACAGGCGCAAGACUUCAGAACACAAGGAACACAAAUGAGAAGAAAGAUGUGGUUUCAGAACAUGAAGAUAAAGCUCAUUGUUCUUGCAAUCAUCAUCGCCUUGAUCCUCAUCAUCGUCCUCUCAGUCUGCGGUGGCUUCAACUGUGGCAAAUAAGUCUGGGAACAUUUCUGAUUCCCGAGAACAUCCUCAUUCAGUUCGUUGUGCUGGUUUUUUUCUUUUUGUGGUUUAAAAAUUCUCAUGGCUAUGUUUCUUCUCUGCUUAGAUUUGUACUUCUUUAAAUUGGUUUUGUAUAGGUCAUAUAUAUAUGUUUGAAAUUGAUUCUUGCGAACCAUUCACUUGGACCUGAUUUGAACGCUUGUGUUUGCUUUCGUCUU